UUUUCUUAAUUGACAUCAACAUAGAAAUAGCCAUAGCAGCCAUAUUGUUUAUGUAAAUGAACUGGGGUAGCGCCUGGGUGAAAGUAAUAUCAAUUUUAAUGAUUAAGAAUGCCUCCUAAGCGUAAAAAAGUUGGGCGGCCCAAAGGUUCCAAAAACAAAAAGUCUCUCAAUGGUAAGGUGUCAAAAAAGAAUUUCACCUGUGGACUUUGCAAACAAAAGUUUACUUCUGAAGCAAAGGUAUCUGAACACGGCAAAAUGUGCAAAAACGCACUAGUACUGAACGCAGAUGUUAUUAAGACUACAAUCAAAUGUGCUGAGUGUAACAAGAGGUUUGCAUUUGAAGAGACAUACAAAUCGCAUUUAGAAAAUGAUCAUUCCAAAACACCAGGUAGCAUAACAUGCGACUUGUGUCCUGUAUCUUGUCCUGACAAGAAAGUAUUAUCAAAGCAUAUGCAUAACUAUCAUGGAAGAGAUAUGUUUAUGUGUCCGCACUGUGAUAAAUUGUUCACAAGACAAACUCAUGUUAUGCGACACAUGUCUCAGAAGGGAUGCGGAGGACAAAUCUCCCUGUAUACAUGUGAAAUCUGUCACAGCUCAUUUACAAGAAAAGACAAUUUAAUGGUGCAUUUAAGGUUGCAGCACAUUGCCAGUAACCAUUUUACAUGUAAACAAUGUCCAUACCAUACUAAAAACUUCUCUAAAUUGAUCAUUCAUUGGAUGCGAUUUCACACAGAAAAACCUCUGAAUUUCGAAUGUGACCACUGCGGAAAGACAACAAGGUCAAGAGCAGCGAUUGCAAAGCAUUUAGAAAUACAUGGUUUGAAGAAAUUUCGCUGCGACGUGUGCGGGUAUGCGACGUUCACUUUGGAGGUGCUGCGGCGUCACAUCCUGACGCACGUGGAGGACAAGCCGCACAAGUGCGCGGUGUGCGCGCGCUCCUACAUACAGCGCAUACAGCUGCAGAAGCACAUGGAGAGACACUACGGCUUCAUAUGCGGACAGUGCGGGUACAACGCUAACACCAAAGCUGGAUUAUUGAUUCACAAAAGAGAACAUUUGGAUUUGAAGAAAUUGUCGUGCCACUUUGAAGGAUGUCCGUAUUCUAAAAAGGAGUUUAAAGAUGAAGUCAGCCUCAGAAAACACAUUAAGGAUCAUGUUGAUAAUAAACCGUAUUCGUGCGAGGUGUGCGGCAAGUGUUUCCACAGCGAGGCGUACAUGCGCAAGCACGUGCAGACGCACACGCUGGAGCGGCCGCGGCGCUGCAUGUACUGCGUGGCGGCGCGCGCCUACGUGCGCGGCGAGCAGCUGCUGCGCCACGUGCGCAUGCAGCACAGGCACAUCUUCCGCGACCACCUCACGCACGUGCGACAAGUGCUGGGGCUGAACGUGGGCACGGAGAGGGUAACGAAGUCUGAGCUGGAGGCGAUCCUGAACGUGCUGGACGCGGAGUCGGAGCGCAUCAUCGAGGGCUACGGCACCGGCGUGCUGUACGGCGGCAUGCUCGAGGUCGACUCCGACAACGCCAACGACACCAACAAAAAUACCAGCGAAAACAGUCCGUUGAUGUCAGAAGAAGAGCUUGCAGAGAGUCUUAAAAAAUUGCUGACUCAACUUAUCGAUAAAGACACGUUGGAUGUUUUUGGAUGGCCGGACGAGCCAGUAGAUACGGUUUUAGAGAAAGUGAUAGAGCAGUGCGGCGCGCGCGCAGCUGACCGCGACAAAUGGACGCGAGUGCAGCGGCUCAGAGAGAACGCCAAACACUUGUUCGUGUAUGUGAUCGACGACAAGAACAUCGCACGAAUGCUGCACACACACACCAUAGACCAGAUCAUCAAGCACAUCCUCGCGCAAGUCGGCACCAUCGCCACCAUAAAUACUAAUGCCAAAAAAUAGUGAUAUGGUAUAGUACUAGACAAACUUUAUGCCGGCUCGCUAUUUGGUUAUACACAACUUUAAGUAUCGGCGUGUGAAGACAUGGUGUAUUGGUGGUUUGAAGCUAAGAGGGGAUGUGUUGAUAGGUACAAGUGACAUGGAAGUGUUUUAGUUGGUAAAAACGGCGCGUGGUGUAUCAGUAGGUUAAAGUGAAAGGGGGGAGGGGUCGUUGGGUAAACGCGAAUUAGGCGUGCCUUAGUGG